AUGGUAGUAAGAGCUUUGGUCAGAGCACAUCCACUUUCUCGGAUUAGUUGUAGAUAUUCCUCGUUAGCCGCUUCAUCUUUUAACCCAAAACCAUAUAUCCCCUCUGUGAGCGGAGUUCAAAAGUCAUUGCCAUUUGAUAAUCUUCUGGAGCAAUAUUCUCGAGUUCAUUGGGACGACACGGUAACUUAUGAUGAUCCUACAGUGCAAAGGUUAUUCAAAAAUUUGAUGUCUGGAAGUAGAGCAGCUCUAGCUUCUGCUAUCACGCUCGUUGAAUCACGACACCCAACAAAACGUGCUCAGGGCAACAUGCUUCUCAAAAUGGUUUUGGACGAAGAACGAGAAAAGUAUAAGAAAUACGGAAGGGAUUCCAUGAUUUUUCGAGUGGGAAUAUCUGGAAGUCCAGGAGUUGGAAAAUCAUCAUUCAUCGAAGCAUUAGGCGCAGAGCUGACUGAGAACCGAGGAAAGAAAGUCGCUGUAUUAACGAUUGAUCCCACAAGUGCAAUGACAGGUGGUUCAGUUCUUGGUGACCUGACAAGAAUGCAAGAACUCUCACGGAAUCCGAGAGCGUACAUCCGCCAAUCUCCGACUUCUGGAUCACUCGGGGGAGUGACACGUGGAAUCCAUGAAGCAGUCAUCUUAUGUGAAGGUGCUGGAUACGAUAUUGUUAUCAUUGAAACUGUCGGAGUCGGUCAAUCGGAAACUUCUGUCUCGGACAUGUGUGAUAUGAUGUGUUUGCUGCUCUCUCCUGCUCAUGGUGACGAGUUGCAAGGAGUGAAACGAGGUAUCAUGGAGAUGAGUGAUCUUUUGGUUGUAACGAAGGAUGAUGGGGAUUUGCAAGCGAAAGCUAAAAUGACACAAGCUGAAUACAUCUCUGCACUGAAAUUCAUGAGACCACGACUGGACGUCUGGAGUCCAAAAGUCAUGAGAUCCUCGAUUAUGAACAAGGAAUCGGUGUCGGCAGUUUGCACUAGUUUAUACGAGUUCUGGGACACUAUUGGAGAGUCGGGAGAUCUGGAAAGAAGACGACAGGAUCAGAUGAAGAAAUGGAUGUGGAAUCACGUAAAAGAUGAAAUCAUGGCUGUAUUUCAAAAACAUCCGAAAAUCAUUCAUCUAAAAAAUCAUAAAAUAUUUAUCAAUUUACUUUUGCAGGCUCCAAAACUGGAAAAGGAUAUUAGCAGUGGCAAAAUCACACCAGGACUGGCUGCAGAAACUAUGAUACGCACUUUCUUCGGAGUAUAA